AUGUGGUUGACAGAUAUCCAGAAAUGCGGUGCUGCGCUGACCUCCAUUGGCGUCAUCUUUUUCAUGCUCGGCAUAGUUUUCUUCUUCAACGCGCGUCUUCUCGCGUUUGGCAACCUGUUGUUUUUGGCAGGCAUCUUUCUACUUAUUGGAACACAAAAGGCAGUUGCAUUCUUCACGUCGCCACAUAAAAUUAAAGGCACGGUCUGUUUUGGCACAGGGAUCAUUCUCAUUCUGUUCAAGUGGGCGUUUGUCGGCUUCGCGGUCGAGGUCCUGGGCAUUCUCGCGCUGUUUGGCAGCUUUUUCGGCGUGAUCCUCAGCUUCCUCCGCCAACUGCCCAUAAUUGGUCCUUUCUUAUCCUCGCCGGCCGUCGCACCCUUCCUCGACCGGACGGCAAACAUCCAGGUGCUGCCCGUUUAG